CACAAUUCCAGCCACAGAAUCUCUGUUUCGCUUGUCACAAAGUAACAGUUAUAGUUUAUCCGGCGAUAAAGAGGCGAAGAUGUUUGAUGUCUAGAGCAGCUAGUGUCUUCUCGUUCUGUCAGGCGCCGCGCGGAGACACCUAAAACAGCGCCGCGGGUGCGCGCGAGCUCUUCCGCGUUGGCGAGCGUCCACGCGAAACAACCGGAGGCAGCGAUUAUCGGUUUAUAGGCGAGCACGCGCUGCACGGCUGACGGCAUGUCACUGCUGGACUCUGACGACAGCUACGAUUUAGUCUUCAAAAUCGUUCUUGUUGGAGAUGUCGGUGUCGGCAAAACGUGUGUGGUGCAGCGCUUCAAGAGCGGUAUCUUCAUGGAGAAACAGGGGAACACGAUCGGUGUGGAUUUCACCAUGAAGACGCUGGAGAUCCACGGGAAGAGGGUUAAGUUACAGAUUUGGGAUACAGCUGGACAGGAGCGGUUUCGCACGAUCACACAGAGUUACUACCGCAGCGCCAACGGUGCCAUCAUCACUUACGACAUCACAAAGAGAGCCACUUUCAUGUCUGUGCCCAAGUGGAUGGAGGAUGUGAAGAAAUAUGGCGGUUCCAACAUUGUUCCUCUGUUAAUUGGUAAUAAAUCAGACUUGACCGACUUGCGUGAAGUUUCAUUUGAGGAUGCACAGACCGUGGCUCAUCAGCUGGAUUUUGUCAGUGCCAUCGAGACUUCAGCCAAGGACUCCAGCAAUGUGGAAGAGGCGUUUAACCAAAUGGCCAGUGAGCUCAUUCUCAGACAUGGCGGGCCCAUGUUCACUGAAAAUGUAACAGACAGCUUUAAACUCAGCAGCAAGGACGUGACCAGCGAGGGCUGGGGAUGUGGGUGUUGAUGACUGUUCAGAAGGCAAUAAAGAGCUUUGGUUCUCACUCACUCACUCCGUUAUAUAAAUCGGGUCUUGUCAGGCAGACGCUGAAUUUAAAGCAGGAGGAUACAUGGCUUAUAAAAGACCCUCAAAACAGCACCAUGUGAUUUUAUAACUUUACUGUGAAGACACUGGGUAGAGACUAUUUUGAUUGCCAAGCACAAAAUCAUAACCAGCCAAAAUUCAUGCUCAAUUAUUUUCUUUAAAUUUAGGCUUGAAAGGACAAGUAUCACAGUGUCAAAAACCAGUAGGAAGUUUCCAAUUUGUUUCUCCAUUGAACGCACAAUUACUGUGAGACGUGACCCAAUCAGCCAAUCAGAUAGUGUUUGAGUUUUAAUGUGCAGAUAUGUGUAGCAGGAAUGGACGGGGCUUCCUUGAGCAACGGCUAACAAAUAGAAACCAAGCCGUUGAGAAAAUAUCCCAUGGCUGUUAAGGUAACACAUGUACAUUAUACGUGACACAUGUACAUCUCAGCAGAAGUUUUGUACUGUAUGUUUAGGUUUCCCAUGGAGCUUAUCCAGGAAACACACCAUGUGUAUUUGAAGCAAAUGAAACAAGGCUGUGAGCGAUAGAACGUGGACAUAUUUUUAACGCUUUGUCAUCUGUAUGAUCGACACUGAACUAUUUCACAUUCCUUUAGUAGUAAAUGAAACGUGUCAUCUAGUCAGACUAAGGUCCACUGCCUCUUGCUCAAUCUUCCUUAUAGUUAUGUAACUGUUUCAGGACCUUUUGUAACAGCGGCUCAGCAAGACUUAAGUCACUGUCAUCAAUAUUCCUUCAUUUUACAGCUACUCAAGAUUUUGAGUCCACGUUGAGAUGGACAUUUGCACCAGAACACCGAGACCAAUCCCUUCUGUUCCAGGGGAGAGAGCUUCUGUUAGGUGCAUGGGGUUUGUGACCCUCCCUGUCAUCUGUGUUGACCAGAGAUCUCUCAUUCUCCAUAGAUUUAACUGACCUGAAUUCUCAGCAGCCACAGUCCUGAGGCAUUUUAACAAUGUUUUCAGUACAUUUUUAAGAUUUAAAGAAAAAGUAAGAGGGCAUUCAGAAGUAAAGGUAUCAGGUACUGUGGUAAACGAGUGGCCAUCCGCAGGUCUCUAGGGUACAUUGGUUUGAAUACAGUGUGGUUAACGGCUACCAUGAUACUUUACACUCUAAAUAUGAACUAUUUUGUGUAAAUGUGAUUUUAUAAACUGGCCAAUUUGAAAAAUGCAACCCUUUUGACCUGACAUUUUAUCAUAGAUGUCACAUGGGCUUUGUACUGUGCAUCGAUUUAGUACCACAAAGCCUUGUUAAAUAAUAAGAGUAUAAUAAACUAGCUUGCAAAAGCAUUUUUUUGAUAAUAUUGUACCAUGAAACUAAUUUGAGGAUUGCACUAUUGAAUAUGGAAGGAACAUCAAUCCCAAGUAAGCCAUUUUACACGCAAUAGUGGAUUUGUAUUUGCCUGCAAUAUCUUUCUAAGGUUAAGAGCUCAGUUUGGUACUUUUCAUAUAGCACUAUACGUCUUUUAAAUCAAGAAAAAAAAAUAGGUCUUUUAAAUCUAAAUAUAUAUUUAGGAUAUGGUAUGGUGGCAGCCUUUGUGUAGUUUUGAAACAAUAAUUAGCUUUUUCAUUAUUCAGAAUUGUUGAAGUAUAUGAGUGAAAGAAGACGGUAUAUGAAAUAUGAUAUUGACAGAUGUACUGGAAGCUAAAUCAUUCUUCAGAUCAUUUAUAGUGCCUUUUAAAAUUGUAGUAUUGUCUUCAUGUUAUUACUAUGCAUUAUGCUGUGUGUCAAUCAGUUCAAUGUUUUGAGAAACAUGAUCAAUUUGUAUUUGGUAAUAAAUCGUUCUAUUAUCUUUUUAUCAAUAAAAUUAACUUGUAUGUACGACUAAA